AGGCGUAUAUGGGCCGCCUUCGCCAAGGUGGACAGUUGCCCUCGAGGUAUCGCACCGGUUGAACGCAAAAGAAUGCGUUCUUAAGAAAUGAAAUUCGCGGUAGUCCAAAAAAGUGAUGAUCGUUUUCUGAGAUACGGUGUGCGUGUUUAUUUUUUUUAUCAAAAGUGCUCAAAUGAAUAAUUAAUUGGGUGUGACAUCAAGAAGUAGAUUAUUAAUUAUAAGAACUCCGUUAAAAACAGAAAACGAAAAUGUGACGGCUUGGAUUAAAACUCUGAACACUUGGAAGUCAGGUAAAAAAGUGCAAAGAAGAAAAAAAUACGAAACAUACACUGGUAAGAUUUUCUGCUCAUGGCCUAGGAAGAAGCCGUGCAGUGAAGCAAACAUAUUAAAAUUUAUGAAUCAAGCGGCAAGUUUAUUCGUCGUCGGUGAAUAAAUAAAACCAAUCUGGUAGCGAAACGCACCUGUACCACCUCACGAAACCGAUAGAAGUAGUACCUUUAUUGAUGGCGUGCUUCGCGAAAUUUUUCUCCAGAAAGCAUGGUUCCUUCAAUCUGCCUGACGUUGGGCUGGCUGACGGUGGAAUUGUGCCCGUACGACUCAGCACACGAGUUUACGACCAAGAAUUCAACCCAUCGCGAUAUGUGUCAACAAGCAAAUCGGAUGACCGGACGUCACCGAAAGGAACGGAACGCGAAUCUGGUCUGGGAAGCCUGGACGAACGAUUGAACGUGUCCAAUGGUCUCACCUGGGAUACCAGACCAGCUCAGGCCCCUCAGACUCAACAGAUUCGUAAAGUGCCUCUGGCGGCGCUUGAUGAUCGAAUUAGUGCUAGCUCACAGGAAAAUGGUCCAAACAGUAGCUUCGAACGGCUGAAAGAGAUUCACCAGUCUAAGAUCCUGCUUCAGCUAGCCCUUGAAUCAAAGUUGCGAGAUCAGCCCAGCACAGUUGAUAGAUCAGAGCUAUCCAGGCUUGACAAGGAAAUCAGUGAUCUGCAAAGUGAAAUUGAUAGACACAGGAAUCUAUUCUCCGUGAAAGAGAAACUGUUUUUGAAGGAAACGGCACCAGCAGCGGUGGAAUCUGCCGUUCCCAAGAUCGUUCCACCAACAGCUCAAACGAAUCUCCAUUCUCCAAAACCAGCCCCACGCAAACCUUUAGCUAAGCCCCGCAAGGUUAAACAUGGAUCAGAAGUAUCGGAGGAAGUUUCCGAUGACUAUGAAAUUAUUCCGUUACCGAAGCAGGCGACAGACUCUGUUCCGGAGGUGUUCAGUUCGGAAGAAGAUGAUCCCCUGCCACCCCAGUUACCACCUCGACAGAACUAUGAUGGAGAACAGGAAGACACCUCUCAGGACGAAGAACCUACCCCUCCGCAGUUACCUCCACCGAGGACACCUCCCGAGCUGCAUGACAUAAUAAAUCGAGCUGAUCAUGCUGAGCUGAAAAUGGCAGAAGUUGUUUCGAUAGUGAGCAAUCCAGUACCGACAAGUGAUCCACCAACUCGCAUCCCUCCGCCUGUCCCUGUCGAAGAUGGCUCAGAUCAAUUGGAAUCACGGAAUUCGACGCCACCUCCGAAAAUUGAAGAACUGAACAACAGCCGAUCAGGUGUUCCGAAAAAAGUUCGGAAAGAGGGCAUCUUAUCGGACAGGCCGGAAGCCAAAACCUCGCGAGAAAUGGUAAUUCCUAGUUACGAAAAAACCCGAAGCGCAGAAGUUCUAAUCAAGAAAGCCAUUUCGGCCAAUGAGUUUCUGAACAAUCUGAUGGACGAGGAACGGUUGAAGGCCGUAACGGAUGCGAUGAGUUCGGUGACGUUUCCUCCGAACAGUUACAUCAUCAAAGAAGGUGACAUCGGUGCACACUUUUUUGUGUCCGCCACCGGAACGUACGAAGUGGUUGUCGAUAACAAGGUCAUCAAAUCGUUCGGACGGGGUGUCGUCUUUGGAGAACUGGCGAUCCUGUACAAGGCAAAGCGGUUCGCAUCGAUUCGGGUGACAACCGAGGCGAAAGUUUGGAUGUUGGAGAGGAAAGUUUUCCAGAAGAUUAUGAUGAAGAGUGGUCGGAAAGAGCGGGAGGAGAAUGUCAAGUUUCUUAGUACGGUGUCUAUUUUGAAGGAUCUGGAGAUCGAGAAACUGCACAAGAUUUCCGAUCUGUUGAAACGGGAGUUUUACGCUACCGGAUCAACGAUUAUUCAGCAAGGUGAUCCGGGAGACAAAUUUUAUAUCAUUCGAGGUGGCAGUGUUAGUGUGAUCAAGACGGACCGCAACGUGGUGGACAAGCUGGUCGGAACACUUCAGCGGGGUGCGUACUUCGGUGAGCAGGCUCUGCUGCACGAGGAUCGUCGGCUGGCCAGUAUCAUCGCUAACCCACCAGGAACCGAGUGUUUGACGUUGAAUCGAAUCGCCUUCAACGAAUUUCUCGGAGGAUUGGAAACGCUUCGUGAAAUAAAGCUGUCGGAUGAUUUACCGCGAUCUUCGGAUAAUCGAAAACCGGUUUCAGAAUACGACCACAUCCAGCUGCACGAUCUGACCUACAUCGGAACGCUGGGAAUCGGCGGUUUCGGUCGGGUUGAGCUGGUGCAGUACCGCGACAGACAAACGUUUGCCCUCAAAUAUCUCAAGAAGAUCGAAAUGGUUCGACAGCAACAGCAGGAGCACGCCUACAGCGAGAAGGACAUCAUGCUGAGCUGCAACAGUUCAUUUAUCGUGAGAUUGUACAAAACGUACCGCGACAAAAAAUACCUCUACUUCCUGAUGGAAGCCUGCCUCGGGGGUGACGUUUGGACCAUCCUGCAGAAGAACAAAUACUUCGACGAGCGAACGGCACGAUUCAUGACCGGCUGCGUAGUGGAGGCGCUCGAGUAUCUGCACAACCGUAAUAUGAUCUACCGAGAUCUGAAGCCGGAAAAUUUAAUGCUAGACGAGAAGGGCUACAUCAAGCUGGUGGACUUUGGAUUCGCUAAACGAAUCGGAGCUAAUCAGAAAACGUGGACCUUUGCCGGGACACCGGAGUACGUCUCGCCGGAAAUCAUUCUCAACAAGGGACACGACCGAGCCGUUGACUAUUGGGCUCUGGGGGUUUUCAUUCAUGAGCUGCUGGUCGGCAAGCCACCGUUCCGUGGUAAAAAUCACAUGAAAACCUACAACGCCAUUCUGAGGGGAAUCGAUAUUAUCGAGCUGCCGUCGAGAAUUCCCAAAAAGGCGCAGGUGCUGAUUAAACGACUGUGCCGUCAGACCCCGGCAGAACGGCUCGGGUAUGGUAAAAAUGGAAUUGCUGAUAUUAAAAAUCAUUCCUGGUUUUCGGGCUUCGAAUGGUUGCGGCUCAAGGAUCGUACCCUACCGGCACCCCUGAUUCGACCGAUUCAGUCCAACACCGAUCUGUCCAAUUUCGACGAGUACCCGAAGGACCAGGAUGAACCCCCAGAUGAGACAUCUGGGUGGGACAUUAAUUUUUAAUUCCACUUAAAUCGAUAUCGACUAAUUGAAAUUAAUAAAUAACCACGUGCUAG